UUUUUUUUUUGUUAUUUUGAAUGAAUCCCUUCCCAGGAACUCAAAAUAACCCUUAUGGGUACAAUGCGAAUAUGAUACCGGAUGCCACAAAUAUGGUUAGCUUUGAUCAAUUCAAUAUUGAUGCCACUCAAUUACAAAGGUUACCUCUUCAACAACAACAAGCUUUUCUUGCUGCAAAACAAGCCCAGUUAUAUGCUGCCUCUUCUUCUUCUGCUUCUUCUCCUGUUAGUGCUACUGUUGCUGGUUCACCUUCUUCAGCCUCUCCAGUUGGUCCUAAUCCUACGCAAUUUAUAGACCCAAAUGCCAUGACUUCGGGUGCUUUGGAUCAACGGUCUCUUCCUAUGUCUGCCGCAACGAUGCCUCCAGGCGUUCAAGGUAACUUUCGACCUCCUGCCAAUUUGAAUCAGCAAGCAUGGCUAGCAAAACAACAACAACAACAACAACAGCAACAACACCAACAACAGAUGAUGCUUCAGCGUAUGGAUGAAUCACAAAGGAGGCAGUUCUUUAUGAUGCAGCAGCAACGUCAGCA